AUGGAGGCUACCGUUGACACUGCCCUUGAUGGAAUGACUAAGGUCUACUGCACCCUCAUUGAGGAAAACAGAAGACUAUCGAUGAAAUUACUGGAGGCGAAGGAGAAGCAGCCGCUCGCGGCGGCACCAAAAACUUACUUGGAAGCAGUGGCGUCGCAUAUCCAGCGCUACCCACUCUCUGUACAAACUAAAAAGCCACCAGCCCAACUCCACCAGAAGAGGGUGACGGUGAGGAUUGAUGAUCUCCCAGAGAGCAAGCAAGAGAGGGAGACCAAACUCACCCAAUGUCGGGACAAGGUGGUGGAUCGCAUCGGCCAAGAUAAACUAAAAGUUAACAAAGUCAGGAUCCGCGAAGGGGAUCUUGUGAUUUCGGUCAACGAAUCCGAGUCCCCAGAGGAGGUCAGGAGAAGUAUCGGGGAAAUUCACGGUGUUAGUGCGAGAGUGUCCAGAUCACUGGACCCCGAAGUCGUGGUUUUCACGAAAGCACUCCCAAUGAGGGUUGCGGAGGAGGAGCUGAUAUCUCAGAUCAAGUCAUACCACCCUUCACUCGACACCACAGCUUGGCACGUGGUGCGAGCGCAUCGGAGCUUUGUUAUACUGCGGAUGAGUCUAGCCGACAGGAACAAGUGUAUGGGACCCAUGAAAGGAUCGGUAUUCGUCAGAGGAUGCCGUCUCCCUGCUCGAGACUAUGUCGGAGUGUCGGUGUGCUACGACUGUGGCCAAGUGCACGCCCCAAAUAGGAAAGGCGAGCCCGUGAAAAGGUGCAGAAAGAAGGAGGAUGGAUCAUACUCGCUGCAGUGUAUCCACUGUGGCCAACACGGGCACUGCAGAAACAGCUGCCCGAAGAAAGAUCAGAACAUUGAGGUGAACGCUCUCAAAUGUACUCUCUGCGAUAAAACGGGUCACUCUGCUCAUCGUGGAGAUCUCUGUCCACAGAAGAUAGCAGCGCUGAAGGCACGUCUCCGUAAAACUGAUUAUGGAGAAGGGGAGGCCUUCGUGCCUUUCAACUGGGCCUUCAAUCUUGGAGAGAUUGGUAUUGAUCAAUGA